CUGCAGUGAAGUGUGCCUUGUUUCUCUCCACUGCUGCAGGAGGGGCUCGAAUCAAGACAUUUCUGGCGACGAUAUUUUGGAAGCGAGAGAAAGUAUUGUGAGAAAUUCUACAUGAAGCAUUGUGCUGAAUUCUUCUAUGGAUGCAGUUGGCGUUUGAAUUGAAAUUGAUUAUUAGUUAUCAGCUUUCCCCUAACAGCGCUCGAUGUGUUUUCACACCGUCUGUUGGCAGAUCAUGGCCACAUAUGAAGCUCAGUGGACGGAGGUUCUGCAUUGACUGCCUACUGCACCAUGUGGAAGCCAGGAGAUUGGCAACCGAAAAUUGAUGGCUGUUAUUAAAAUAAUACCGCAUCAGCUGGUCCAGGACUCAGACUGACAGUUCCGUCUCAAGGAACACUUACAAACAUGCAGUCCAGGAUUCCUGGCCCCACUGCACGGGCAGCAGCAGCAACAAGCAGUAAUACGAAGACUCUUGCAACCAUGAGCAGACAAAGUCAAAGUAUUAACAGUUUGAACAAGCACAACCUCCCAUUGUGUAAAUCUGGGAGUCAGAAAGAUUUAUCUGACCAUCUAACUCAACUUCCAGUUAUGAAUGGGAACAUACAAUUAGGUUCAACCACAAGGCAUCAGCAUGUUUCAACCAAUUCUCAGGCCAAAAAUGUACCACCUAAUAGAAAACAAACCACCGAGGCAUCCUCAAAACAGCCUCUUAGGCAGCUUAAUGCUUCAGUUGCUUCCUCAGUAAAUGAUUUGCAGAAGGUACCUGCCUCAGGAAAUGAAAAAGGCUUAUCCAAUGCAAAUCGACCAGUGGAGGAAGUGAAAUAUCACAGUAAGACUUCGAAAAAUGCUACGCAGAGUAGAGCUGAGACUUGUUUGAACAACGGAGGGCAGGAUAUUUCAUUAGAACUUGGCAACACUGAAUUGUGCAAUACUGAAACAGAGACUGCAGGACCAGCAUACAACAGUCCACGGAUAUCACAGAAGGGAAUUGUUCACUCUCUGAACAAGACGGCAAGCAUGCAGAAGGCAGCAUCAAAAAUCUCAAAUAGAAGUCAAAAAGAAGAGAGGAAAGAUAGUAAUGGAAUCAAUUCCAGAAGAAAAAUUGCUUCUACAAAAGGCUCUCGAAUUGCAGGCUUGACCCACAUGAGGAGCAAAGUUUUGGAUGAUGUACAAAAAGGCGUUGCAACUCUUCCUCCCAGGGGAAAGUGUAAAUCCAGAUUCAGUAUUUCAAAUGAUAAUUUGUUACAUCUGUCGAAUUGUGGAGGUACAGCAGAUAUAGAGAGACCUAAAAGCGCUUCAAGCCAAAGGCAAUGGAAAUCGGAUGUUAGUUGGAAAUCCUACAGUUUCUCCAAUUUACUUUUAGAUGAGAAUGAAGAUGUUUCAGAAUUGUCUGUCUCUUCUGUUUCUUCUCCUAAACGCACAUUUACUGGUGGAAUAAAAACAUCUGUAAACAGCAAUGUUAUUAAACUUCCUUCUCCAACACAAAAUAGUCAUCCUAACACAGCAACGGUGGCUCCUUUCAUGUACAAAGGAGAAAUGAAACGAGACAGUAGCAGUAUUGAAUCAAAGGACCCGGCCAGCCACCCUAAUGCAGAAGACGGCAAUUGGAAAUCCAAAAAAUAUCUUGAUGACAUAGAUCCAGAGACACAGAGGAAAAGAACUGUUCAGAAUAUUGUAGAUCUUCGGCAGAAUCUGGAAGACACCAUGUCUAGUUUAAGGGGAUCCCAGAUAACCCAUAGUGCUUUAGAUUCAACUUUUGACAGUGACAUAAGUGCUGAAGUGAAUGCCAGAAGCCGUGGCACAAGUUCAUCUAAUCGAUCUUCACCAUUAUCCUGGCGGUAUGGCCAAGCGAGUCCACGUCUUCAGGCAGGGGAUGCACCUUCUGUAGGCAGUGGAUGCCAGCCUGGAGGAAAUUCUGGCUGGUUUGUUCGGGGAGACUCCUCUCAUUACUCACACACCAUGCCCAUGCGGAGUUCCAGUAAAUCAUGUAACGUUUCUCACUUGGAUUUGGAGUCUCUGGAUACAGAUGAUGUAGACCUGAAGUCCAUCAGUGCUGACAUGUCUGGCUAUAUGAGUGAUAGCGACUUGCUGGGGAAGACGAUGAAUGAGGAUGACAUUACAACUGGUUGGGAUGAAAGUAGUUCCGUAAGCAGUGGCCUCAGUGACACCUCUGACAACCUUAGUUCUGAAGAUUUAAAUGCAAGCUCAUCCCUCAACUCUUAUCCAACCACACCAGUUGCUUCCAGAAGAAAUUCUGGGAUAGCGCUCCGAACUGAUGCAGAAAAGCGUUCCAUGGUUGAGAGUGGUCUGACCUGGUACAGCAGCUCUGAAAGUAAAGGUCAGAAGAAGUCUGAGGGUGGCUAUGAUGCCAGCAAUCUUAAGAUGGAUCAAAACACAAAGUGGAGACGUAUCCGCACUGAGUCAGCAGAAGAAACAACAAAGGGAGAACUGAAGAAACAGCAAUCCACGGGACAAACCAGUUCACUGAAAAGGGGUGCGGCACCAGUUGGAGUAACUUCUCCAAUAACCAGUUCAGGAGCAGGAUCUUUGAAAGUUGCUGGAAAAAUUGAUUCUUCUAAAGUACAAGACAAAGGAAAAUUAGCUCUCAAAGGAACAACAUUACAAAGAUCCUCAUCUGAUGCUAGCCGAGACAGAGUAGGAGAAACACGCAAACCUCCAUCAGGCAUUUCAAGACCUUCUACUGGUGGAUCUUUUGGCUACAAGAAGCCUACUACAGGCACAGCAACAGUGAUGACAUCCGGUGGAAACACAGCAUCAGCAACAAAAGCUCAGAAAUCAACAGGCAUCCCUGUGAAACCAACAAACUCCAGGAAAACCAGCCUUGAUGUUUCCCAAAACCACGACGGCUUUAUGUCAUCAGGAGCGAGGACAGCUGUGCAAUAUCGUAGCUUGCCACGUCCAGCCAAAUCAAGUUCUGUUAGCAUCACUGGCCGUGGAGGCGUAAAUAGGCCUGUUAGUAGCAACAUUGAUCCAAGCCUCAUUAGCAGCAAGCAUGGAGGCAUUCCGGUUUCUCGACUGAAAGAACCCUCAAAAAUUGGUAUGGGGCGAGCAAAUUCAGUACCAGUGAAUCAAACUGAUCGCGAGAAAGAGAAGGCAAAAGCAAAGGCAGUUGCUUCUGAUUCUGAGUGCACAAUGACGUCAAGUUCUACAAAGACUCCUUCAGCUCCAGAAAGUCACAGUAAGCCGCAAGGAAUGCGGCAGCAAAGUUCCAAAUUCUCAGAGAUAUCUUCUCCAACAGCACAAAGGGUGAUAAGUUCAAAAGGAAUCAGCAAGCCACCUCCAAUAGCCAAUAUUGAUAAAAUCAACUCAAAUAGCUUGGAUUCUGCAACCUCAGGACAUGUCUCUAUGACCAGUAAUGUUGCCAAUGAAACUGUAACCAAAACCCCAGAUGUCCAAGCAACUGGAAUCAGUUUGGCUCCAUGUUUAACACCUAGCCCUGCCCCUGUUCUUAAUGUAAAUUCUAGUACCUUUAGUCAGGGUCUUGGUCUAGUCAGCAAUUUUACAAGCAACAAGGAAGGUCUCAUGUACCCUAAACUUAGUAGCCUGCACACCAGCAUGGAAUCUUUGGAUCUUCCAUUGAGUGUUCCUUGUUCAUUCUCUGCGAGUGGUACGCUUUCAAGGGAGGAGGAUCACAGUGGGCUCACAUGGACUGGGAGUUCUAGAUUCUCACAAAUGGAGAGUGCACAACGUGACAGAAAUACUCUGCCGAAAAAAGGAUUAAGAUAUGGAACAAGUUCGCAACAAGAAGACAAGGAAUGGCUUCAUGCACGUUCUAUUGGAGGUCCUGUAGACUCGGAUAGCCAGUCACUCUCAUCCCCAUCAGCUAUUCCAUUAUCAAACUUGGCAAGUCCCACUGCAGUGUCCCAACUGGGUAGCCCAACUCCAAAAAUGAUGCGCUCAAACAGCAUUCCAACUCACGACUCCUCAUUCGAUUUGUAUGGAAGUUUGCAGAUGGGAAGCACAGUUUCUUUGGCAGAAAGACCAAAAGGAAUGAUCCGCUCUGGAUCGUUUAGGGAUCCAGUGGAUGAAGUUCAUGGCUCAGUGCUUUCACUUUCCUCCACGACAUCAUCUGUUCAUUCCACAAGUGAAGACAAGGCCCAAGGAGAGCAUAUUCGCAAGCUACGUAGGGAACUUGAGUCUUCACAUGACAAGGUUUCUGCACUUACGUCACAACUGUCUACAAAUGCUCAUCUUGUGGCAGCAUUUGAACAAAGUUUGACAAACAUGACAUCUCGUUUACAGAGCCUCGCUUUGACAGCAGAACAGAAGGAUUCGGAGUUAUACGAUCUCAAAGAAACAAUUGACAUGUUGCAUAAAAAGAAUGCAGAAGCACAAGCUGUUAUACAGGGAGCAUUGAACAACCCAGACUUGACACCAAAAGAACUGCGUAUAAAAAGGCAGAAUUCAUCAGACAGUAUCUCCAGUCUCAAUAGCAUUACAAGCCAUUCCAGCAUAGGGAGUGGUAAGGAUGCUGACGCCAAAAAGAAGAAAAAGAAAAGCUGGCUGCGAAGCUCAUUUAAGCAAGCCUUUACCCUCAAAAAGGCACCAAAAUCAGCAUCUUCCUAUUCCGACAUUGAAGAAAUCGCAACACCAGAUUCUUCAGUGCCAUCUUCCCCUAAAGUGCAGCGUGAAGAUGCAGAUUCAUCGGCCCCCAUCAAACCAUCGCAUUCAUCCACUGAAGUCUAUGAUUCCCGUGAGCCUGAGUUGAAGGAAGUAUCGAACCUACGGAACGAGUUGUGGGAUAAGGAAAGGAAACUAACAGAUAUCCGCCUCGAGGCUCUUAGUUCAGCUCACCAGCUGGAGCAGUUACGAGAAGCCAUGCAUAACAUGCAGGUAGAAAUUGAGGCAUUAAAACUGGAGAAUGACCGUCUCAAAGCAGAUACAGGUACUGGGACAUCACAGGCUGUCACAUUAUCGUCUGCCACUUCCUCUCCUCGGCGAUCAUUAGGACUUACCUUAGCUCAUUCAUUCAGUCUCAGUCUUACAGAUUCGGUUGACCAAGAUGUAUCACCAAUGGAUGGGGUAACCAGUUCAUCCCUGAAAGAGGAAAGGAAUGUUCGAAUUGUGGUCCAUCUCACUGAGGAGCAGAUUUGCAACGAAACACAAAAGCAGCAAGAAUUUUUCAUUGGCUCCACCAAAGUAAAUGCAACAACUGACUGGACUAUUUUGGAUGGAGUUAUUUGUCAAGUAUUUAAGGACUACAUUACGAAGGUGGAUCCAGUUUCUUGUCUUGGAUUGAACACAGAUGCCAUCUACAGCUACAGUGUCGAUCAUGUAAAGCGUGUACUUGGAACAGAUGCACCGGACGUGCUUCCCUAUAGAUAUAUGGGGAAAGAUUCCACAUUCUCUGUAACUUUGAAAGGAUUGAAAGAGAAAAGCGUGGACAGCUUGGUUUUUGAAACCCUAAUUCCAAAGCCAAUGAUGCAGCAUUACAUCAGUCUUCUCCUGAAACAUCGAAGGCUUAUUUUGUCAGGGCCCAGUGGGACCGGCAAGUCCUAUCUAUCCAUUCGCUUGGCUGAGUACUUGGUUCAGAGAUCAGGACGGGAGGUCACGGAUGAAAUCAUUGUAACGUUUAAUAUGGAUACGCAUUCGUGCAAGGAUUUGCAGCUGUACCUUUCCAAUCUUGCCAAUCAAAUUGACAGAGAAACCAGCACUGGGAAUGUACCAUUGGUGAUAAUCCUUGAUGAUCUGAGUGAGCCUGGUUCCCUAAGUGAACUUGUCAAUGGAGCUCUCACAUGCAAAUAUCAUAAAUGCCCAUAUGUAAUUGGAACUACUAACCAGCCUGUGAAAACAACACCAAACCAUGGCCUUCACCUCAGUUUCAGGCUGGUGCCAUUUUCAAACAAUGCAGAGCCUGCCAACGGAUUCCUAAGUCGCUAUUUACAACGGAAACUGAUUGAAUCAGAGAAUGUUGCAAACGCAAACAAUAAUGAAAUCCUCAAUAUUCUUAACUGGGUGCCCAAGUUGUGGUACCAUCUCCACACAUUUCUGGAAAUGUACAGUACAUCUGACUUCCUUAUUGGUCCUUGUUUUUUCCUGUCUUCUCCGGUCAAUGUGGCAGAGUUCAGGGAAUGGUUCAUUGACCUAUGGAAUUAUUCCAUUCUCCCCUAUCUUCAGGAAGGAGUUAAUGAUGGCAUCAAGACAUAUGGACGAAAAGCAGUGUGGGAGGAUCCCGCAAAGUGGGUGCAGGAUACUCUACCUUGGUCAACUGCUUCACAAGAUCGCUCAAAGAUCUUCCAUUUGCCUCCACCAAGUACAGGAUCACAAGUUCCAGGUCCUCCACCAGAAAAAAGAAAGAUCAAAGAGACAGCACCAACUUCACUUGAAUCAGACCCACUUAUGACUAUGCUACUGAGGCUCCAGGAAGCAGCCAAUUAUACCCAAAGUUGUGAAGGCGAAAAUAUCAUGGAAUCGUCUUUGCAGUCAACUCAUUGAGAGGAAAACUACAUCAAGGAAUAUGGGAGCCAUCUUGUUUUUAAUCAUGCCACAACUACACUUUGGAUAUUGUAGUCCUGAAACAGAAGUAUAUUCUGUAAUAGAUGUAGUUAGGUAGGGGGCUAAAUUAAUGGAUGGGUAAAAUUGUAGGUAUAAAGCCCAAAAUCAUAUGUAAGUUAACUGUGAUCAUUUAUUGUAAAUCAUAUUACCUAGCCAUCUGGAAAAAAACAUCUAACUAUAUGGACUGUUAAUGCUGUAUUUGUACUUUAUAAUUCAACCUUCAAAAGUGCAUGGCAAUCAUUUAAGCAGAAACAAAUAAGAUUUUAGUGAGCUUUAUUAAGGUUAACUCCUAAUCUACAACUCAAACAAUUAUAGGAGCCAUCGCUGUUCCACUACUGCUGCCAUUUCAGAUGUCACACUGGUGCUGACUGGAGAACCUCUCCACUAAUCUUUACAAUUUAUUGUGCUCAACACCUCAUAAGUUCACACAGCUAAGAUGUGAAUCAUGGUGAAACCACUAAAACAGAAAUUUUGUUGUUUUCCAAGUUCUAAUCUUAUAAUUGUUCAUUUUGCAGUUGAAAUAUCUUUGUGCCCUGAAUUUAAAAGUGAAAUAUUUUAUGAAAUUAGGAUGUGCAUCCAGUUUUAAGGUGGUAACAGUAAUUCUAUCACUCUAUUCUCAGCAAGGUCAAGUACUCCAAGUUACUGGGCACUUAAACGACGCAGUGAAAGUGUUUAGUACUAAAAAUAGUAAAUCUUAUACAACGUACACUGGAUGCAUAAUUAACACAAAGACGAAGGCCAUCCUAUUAGAAGAAAUAUAACUCUUCUGCUUUGAAUUGUACCUGACUCCUAUAUAUGUUUUAGCUUCAAAAAUUUACUGAUCAUCAAGCCGUGCACUGCACAAGAUUGACAACGAAAAAUCAUGCAAUGUAGCUGUGUCCUCUGGUUAAUGCCCUGCUAACUGCAAAAACGACUUCAUAAAGAUAUGGAAACUAUAUAAAUAAACGGUACGAUUAUUGAAGUCCUACUAAAGCAACAUCCCAUUUCACAUCUAACACUAGACAUUUGUCCCGUACAAUGGCAUGAAAGAGGCAGCAGAAUUUAAUCUCACUUUAGGUGAAUUCCUGGCUUCUAAUACUUCCAACACACUUCCUGAGAAUGUUCAAGUGAUUAGUAUUUUCAAAUCUGAUGCAAUGGCAUCAUGAAUAUCACUAGCCUACGUUUACUGCAGGCAACGUAAAGCCGACAGCAAAGAACAUCCAUGACAAUUGACAAUUUUCUAAAGGAAUAGCUUUUAAAUGUGUAACUAUAUCAUGGGGCACUAAACUUAGCUCUUUCAAGAAGCUUUUAACCACAUCCUAAACUUCUCCCGCCUGAUGAAACAACCAUACUCCCUCUCCUUAUUGCAACUGUUCCCAUUUUAACAGAAGGUUGUCAUUGUGCAGAAAUUAUGACUAAUUGUAGGACAUUCAUGCAGAAAUGUUAUAUUGCAAAGUCAUUUAUACAACUUAAUGUAAAAUUCUGAAAGUAUUGCAAUACAUCAAAGAGGUUUGAUCAGGCUGCACCAUAGAAACACUGCUUGUUAAGAAAUUUUAUUUGUGCUGCAUGAUCAACUAAUCUUCAGGAGUAAAGUGGAGAUUAUGAUCGAGAACCUGAGGAAAUUUAGUGUAUUUCAUGUCAGUGGGAUUUUAUUUACAAUCAGCCGUAUUCUCCUACCACUCUGCAUUCCAUAGCUGGAUGUAUGAAUCUUCCAACAUUUCUACCAAGUGUUGUUGCUGGCUGAUUAAGAAAAUAUUAAAGAGUAUUUACUAUAGUGUGGUUAUUUGGAAUGUUUCAUUAAGUUCAAUGAAACACAUUCAGAAAUUUCACACUUCAAGGAUAAAUGUUUCAAGUUCACUUACUUCAACAAAAAGACCUCUUCAAUUUUAAAAAGAAAUCAGAUCUAUUAUAUGUUUAACAAUCAAGAUGAAGCCUUUGCCAUUAAACUGAUAUUCUGCAUGUGAAAAUGUUGCACCCCAUCUCAUUUCAAUUCAUAAUAUCACUGUAACAAGAAAUGUAAGAAAAUUAUCUCAAGCAUUCCGUUACAAUAGGGAAAAUAGAAAAAAAAUAGUAAAUUGGGAAUAGGAAUAAUUUAUUGAAAUGAUUCAUAUUUCAUUUUGACAGACUUAUUUUAAAAUUGAGCAUUUUCUAUUUUUGCACCAAGAUGAAAUCUGCCCCAAGCCAUAAUGAGCCUAAGAUGUCGUCUUCUGUGUUAUUUAGAUUAUGUGACAAUUUGGCAAAAUAUUUAGCAUCCAUUGGCAAAAUUGGUUCCCUCAAGUUUCUGAUUUUUGUGCUGAAUGUAUAAUUUGUUUGGAAGCACUUGCAUUGUAUUUGUCUGACAUUUUAAAAUAUUGCUCUUAAAAGUGUUCCACCAUCAAAACCAUGAUGGCACAUCCUAAUGUGAGCUAGGGGCUAUUUUCAUGAUAAAUUGUUGAUUGUGUCCUGACAAAUAGAUAUUUCAAACAAAGCAUACCAACUUUAUCAUUAGAUUGAGGUGCUGACAUUGAGGUAAUCUUGUUUCCCAUUAUUCAAUUUACAGCUACUGCAAGCUGUGAUGGCUGAAUAUAUGGUACAUUAUCAAAGGAAAGCUUCAGGCUUGGGCUGUUGCUUGGCUCAAAACAAUUCACACUUAAAGUGUGAAAGACUCCAUGGAUUCUAUCUUCUGUCAUUAAUUACUUUCCAGUUUAUCUACAUAGUAAUAAUGUUUGAUUUUCAUUCAUGGAUAAUUUCAUUUGAUAUGAAAUUGAAGCAAAUAUAAAAUAUGAAUAUCAUUGACUGAAAUGUGUGGAAAAUUAAAUAUAUCAACAGUUAAUAGUUUUGUUUUAUCCUAGUUUGGAAAGGAAGUUAGCAUAUUGCUAUUUCAUCUUUCUGCUUAGAUUUUGAUUUCUACUUUUCACAGUCUUUCUCUUUAAGAGUGAUGGAAUAAAAACUUCUUCCCUUUUCAUAAUAUAUUUUUUACAUGUAUGUGAAAUGUUUUAAUAGUCAUAGUGAGUUUUCAUUUGAUAUAACAUCCAUCUUAUGGAGUGGCUCUUAAUUUGACAUGGAUUGCCAAAUUGACAAUUAUAAUGAGUGAAGUCACAAGAUUGGUUAAUGUAGGAAGUAAAGAAGUCCACAGGUUGCUAGCAGUAAGGCAUAAUGCUCUGUGUCUUGCAAAUUGUGCUGUUGUCCUCAUAAUCCUUGCUGCUGAUGCUUAGAACGAAAGCAGGUUCCUUUCAAAAUAACACAGAUUUUCCACUAUGGUUAGAAGAAAAUCAAUCCACUGGAAAGAAAGACAAAACAAAAUUCAAGCAAUGUGUUUCUGCUGGUGAAUAGGCAAUUUGUAUUCUGGCCAUUCUCUUAAGAUUAAAACACACAACUUGUUGUUCGUUGCAUUCUCAUCUGAUAAGUAAAAUCUUAACUCUUUCCAAAUCUGAUGCUCUUUACAUUUAAUUGUACAAAACAUUUUGGAAUUUUCGAAUUAUCCAUUUAUAAUUUUGUUCGGAGCCUGUAGUUUUGCAACUAAGCAAUCUUUCUGUUCUUUCAAAAACUGGGAUCUUCUUAGGUAAAUUCUUUAGCCAACUGAAAGCUGAAACAUUAAACUUUAAUCUAGCAGUGUCAUUUAAGUAAAUCAACUAAGUUGAGAUUUAUUGAGUAGCUCCUCAGAAAUGCAACACCCCCCAUCAGCAACUAGGAAGUAGGCAUGAAAAGAUAAGGCAUUGAAAUCAUGGAACCGUGUGGUUUAUUUUUGUGCUGACGUUUUGCAUGAUUUAAGUUUAAUUUUACUCAUUCUUAUUUACCCCAACUAUUCCUAAAUAUCAUUCCGUGACCUGCCUACAACAUUUGGGUGUGUUGGAAAAUGCAGGUCCAUUCAUUUCUGAAAAAUAAUAUCCGUAAAUGCUAACAUCUUAUAAUUUUAAGUUGGACACAGUUUAAGUUAACAGAAUUUCAAUUAUAAAAAUUUCACUUCAAAAAGUGUUUGGGACCAGUGAGUGGAAAGUAUCUCUACAUUAAUGCCGCAGUGCAGGUAGACUUAAACAAAUUGUUAUAAUGAACCAGGUACUAUAAUGUGUUAUUUAGAGCCUGAAGGUUUCCUUUGAUGUUCUUUAUCAAGAUUUUCUGUAAUUAAAUCAACUGUAUGGUGCUGAAACUACGCCUUAAAGAUUACAAUUUAAUCACCUGUUCCAAUUCUUUUUAUUUGAAUACUCAAGGUUAAUAGUACUGUUUCAAACCAGCUAGAAGUACUGUACACAAAAAUAUUAACCUGAAACCUCUGCAAUGUCUAGUAGUUUUAGAUUAAGAGCAGGUUCACAUUUUGAGUGUACUCUGUGUAUGAAUAAGUACCACAUUUAUACUACUGUUUGUCAGAGCAAAAAAGAUAUUAAAUAUUUAUUUUCUCGUACACAGGUGAGCGUUGGCACAGAGCCAAAAAUUAUCCAACAGCUUCUUUAGUUGGUUUAAAUUUGAAACUAAACAUAUUUUCUGUAAAAAAAAACCCUUAAAUUUGUUUGAUUUCUUUGAAAUAUACUUUGUAAAAAGUGAACGAUGGUUGUAUCUGUGAGGUGUCCUAGUAGCUUCAGUACUAUAUCACUAAACUCUUAAUAGAAAGUUCUGAUUCAAAUCCCACUCUCAAGUUGACAGUAUUGUACAGGCUUCAAUAGAAGAAAGUUUAAUAUGCUGUGUGCAACUUGUAAUGUGGAGGAAGUUGAAAAAACUGCUUUUGCUGGUAAUUCAACCAUGGCCAAGCAUUACCUAUCAAGUUGUAACAUCCAACUCUUAGUGAAUGCGGAGAACUCAUUUUGAAAGGGUGAGGGCAAAAGUUAUAAAACCAAAUGCAAAUUUGGGGUAAGGGAUAACAUCAGUAACUAUAGUUGUGUAACAUCAUUUAGUUUCUUUGACCUGUAAGUUUGUUUUUAAAUUUAAUAAUGAGACCAAAUCAACUCAAAGAUGACAAUAGUUGACUGAUAAUAAUUGUUUUAAUUUUUGGUGUUUUAUUAAUUCACAAGUUUUCACUCAGUAAGAUUGGCCAGGAACACACAUUAGAUUACAUAUUCGGUAGAUCUAUUACAUGAGGUCUUGUAGGGUGUCACUUCAUGUACACAUAAUAUCAUAUCCAUCUCCUUCAGUGCUGCUCUCAAUUCCUCAACCUCAUAUGACAAGCACAUACAAAUAUGAGUCAAAGCACAAAAUUUUCACAUACCAUUCAACCUGGCUGAACACACUGAAAUCUACCCAGUCUUGUGAAUUUCAAUAAAUCAAACUCGUGCCGGAAAGUGGUUAGAUGCUACCCAUGCUGCUUAUCAACCUUAUCUAAUAAUACUGUGUUAUCAGCUCAUACAGGUCUUGCCAUGAAGUGAAAGAAGGAAAUAGCUUUAAGGUUCCUUGCAAUUGGCUAGGAGCAGAUCAGUAAUUCCAGUUUAAAUUUCAGUGGUUUUAUAUAUACUUUGAAUGUGGUGCAAACUUCAAUGAAAAACUUUGUGAAUAUGGUGUGAAAUAAAAUGAGUAAUGGUAUCAUAAUUCAUUGUGCAGCUGGAAUACAAAGAAACCUCACAAUCAGAAUAGAAAAAAGUUUGCGGUUAGGGUUAUUUCAAAGAAUAUCUUUGGAUUCAUAUGGGUAAUAUCCAAUUGUUGGCAGUUGUUUUCACCUAAAAUCAAACAACUGUAAGUUAUAAACCUGGAUGUUUGGUAAUUUUUUUUUGUGGAUGGCAGUGGUUGACUUGAAUGCUGUUUUUUACCCCCUCGUUUUCACAAUGUAAUUAUUUUUAAAAUAUAACUUCGGGGGUUUCCUUCUUGAACCGUUGUUGACUGAAAUGCACUUUACAAAAUUUUUUAAAAAAUCCUUCCUGCAUAUAUGUCAGUUGAUAGAUGGGUGGGAGAUAAGGAUGCAUUCAUGUGAAUCAAGACAAAAUAUAAUCUCUGUUAAUUUGGAAUACAUAGUAAACUAGCAUCUAGGAUUAUGUAGGUAUGGUUGGUUUUGAGUUGUUUUCUGUUCCAAAUGCAAAUGUUAUUUGUGUCUUGUGUAUUGUCCCACUCAAUGGUCACUCAAUCUUGUUUAUUCAGAAAGCCAAGCAGUAAUAUUUAGUUUUGGGCAGUGGUAAAUAAAGGCCCAUAUGGAUUGUCCAUUCAUGAUACACAACACUGAUACUCAGUUUAAUUACAUCUAGUGAAAUCAAAUACCAGAUACUACACAUAUCAGCGGCUGGUCCAAUACUGUUCACUUUCCACCACCAUUCCAGAGAUAGUAAGUAUUUUGGCUGUAUAGUUUUAGACAUGCCGUUGUCAAACCAGCCAUUAAAUAAAUUGCAAACAAAAGUAACCUUGGAGGGAAUUGUACAAUCCUCUUGUCGAAGGGAUUUCUUUCACUCUUUUAAAUCUUGUACAUUUCAGCACUGAGAUCUUAACAUCAUGUUCAAAUAUCUAACCAUAUAAAAUUGACGUGACUUCCACAGGAUAAACACGACCAAAUUCUAAACAAGUAAAGUUGUAGAAUUCUUCUGACUUGUAAUCAGAUUAGUCUGGCUGAAACAAUUUUUAUUUAAUUAUUAAUAAUUAUUUUCUACAGCCUUAAACUUAUAGUUAUAUAAUAGUUAUGGAAUUUAUAACAACAUAGAAGUUAUCAGUUCAUAUAAGACCAUAGUAAAUGAUUAAAAUUAAUUUCUGCAGUUCAGCUAAUUUGCGAUACAAUAAAAUUACCAUGGAAACGUGUUUCUAAUAAAUAUACCUAGUACCUUAAAUAUCCAAUUGACAUUCCUAAUGUUGUACAAGAAAAGGGAGCUUCCUACCUUACCUGGAACAAAAUCAAAAGUUGCUGGAAAAGCUCAGCAGGUCCGACAGCAGUUGUGAAGAUAAAAUCAGAGGUAAGAUUUUGUGUCCGGUAACCUUUCCUCAGAGGGAGGGUCACCAGACCCAAAACAUUAACUUUGUUUUUUUGAUUCACAAAUGCUGCCAAACUUGCUGAGCUUUUCCAGCAACUUCAGCAUCCACAGUUCUUUUGGUCCUUCCCGACCUGGUCUGAUCAACAUAUGAUUUCAGUUCUAAGCUCUUUUCUUUUUAUCUUUGGGUUUAAGCAUAUAGUUUUCUUUUUGUUAUUUGUUGUACUUGAAAUGUUUCCCAAAGCUGUGUAAUACAACUGAUUAUUCUUUCUCUAUUAUUUGUGUCAAUAUACUCUGGUAAGAAAAAAAACACGUUUGAAUUGGUCACUAAGUGGAAAUUCACUCUGAAAUAAUCAAAGUAAGCUGACAAAUUUUAAAAGAUGGCAAAUAUUUACAAAUUGGGUUUCCUAUGGUUGAAUCUGCUGGCAGUACCUUUACAUUUUCUGGUCAAGUAUUUUUUAAAAAAUACUAUUCAGCAAAAAGUUGCAGAAUGCAAACUUAUCUAACAAAGUAAGUUUAGUUGAAUCAGUUAAACUUUGAGAAUAUUCCACAAGUUAAUUUUGAACCUUAUUCAUGUGAAACAUAUCUGCACCAGUUUAUAAUAUUUGUUGCUACAGCAACAUGGAACUUCUUAUAAAAGCAAAAAAAAGGUAAAAUGCAGAUUAAGUGUUCACCAUUGUGCCACCGUUUUCAAUUAUAUAAACAUAUAUUUGGUGCUUGUUUCUUCAUGUAAAUAUACACUGCAGCAACCAAAAAUUGAAAUGUUUAAUCUUGGUCAACUGUGUAAAUAUGCAGUAUGGAAAAACUCAUUGACAAUGGUCUGUUGUUGCCCUAAAAUGUUGUACAUGAAUAACUUGCAUUUUUGGUGUUUAAAAGAAGAAUUCUUCUCUCACAGCUGUUUCUUUUUAAUGCAGAUGACCUUGUGUUAAUGAUAACAAGUGAAACAAGGUCAUGGCAAUUGAUAGAGAUGAAUAUCAAGACCCUUUACAUGCAAGUAACUUCAUUAUUUUUCUUAACUGAUACCUUCCAAUACCAGAAGGUAUCUGUGAUAUUUAGACAGUGUGCUUGAUAGAUGCACUAUAAAUAAUUUAUGUGAGCAGUUGUGGACCAGCGGGUGUUCCUUUGUGCUUAUGUAUAAGAAGACAAUUGAGCAAACUUUUAAAGAAAGCUGAAAACAUAUAAACAGUAACUAUCUGUUAAGCAUGAUAGUAUGUUAUGGCAUCGUAAUAUUUUGCUAUUUAAUUUUUUUUCAAAUGUUAUUCAAUGUAACUAGAAAUGUUAUUAAUGAAGUUAAACUCUUAAUUUCACUUGUGUUACUUUUAUAAUUCAAAUGGUUCUUUAUACAAAUGUAGAGGUGAACAGUUACUCUGAAUUUAUUAUCAGAGUGUUUGCACAGUUACUGGUUAGGUAAUUAAAAAGAAAACUGCCUUUUACAGUAUAGAAUUUUUUACAGGUUUCUCUUGUGUCAUGUUUUUGGAGUUGUAGGAUAUAUUUGAAGAGGUUUUUUCUGUACGUAUAGAGUUUGGACUACCACUUUCAAUCAAGCCUAUGUGAUGUGCUUCUAAUGGUUAUUUCUGAUAGUGUGUGUGGAUUAAUGUGCUAAACAGAAGCAAUGAUUUAUUGUGAGAGGCUAGGCAACAAUUUCUAUUGGCAUUUUAAAGAUCCACUCCACAAAGAUGAUUGGAAACCUGUUUUAUUAGAUUGCUAAUAAAGCUUCCUUUUGAUAAACCCUUAGAAUUUGUCAGUAAAUAUUUAAGGAAUUAAUUAAACUAGUGGAGGCAUUUCCCUUUGGUUUAAUUGUAUCCAAUUGGAUAGCUGAAAUGCUAAUUUUGAUUGGAUGAUUUUGAAUCUGAAUAUACUCGAGUGUUUUCAUCUCUUCUUUGAACAUAUCGGCUGUAAAGUUGAAAGACUUAACGAGGUAUGUGUCAGGCACUAUUCUCUUUCAUCAGAUAUUAGAAGUAUAUUCAGUCAGUGUUAUACUGUUUAAUGCACAACGUCCUUUAUUCUUUAGUCAUACAUAGACUUGGGUGUAAUAUUUAAACAUUAGUAAAAGAGUAUCCAAAACUCUAUGCAAUUUUGCUGUAAUACCUCAGCCUUAAAAUGAUAUAUUACAAUCCAAAAGAAAUUUGAAAUAUUUUAGGACUCAAAUUAUCAACAAAUAUGAUCAUAUUUUAAUAGCUUUCAAAUCCUAUGAUGACCAAAUAGAAAGGAACAAAAACAGAAUUGGCUGGAAAAGCUCAGCAGGUCUGGCAGCAUCCGUAAAGAAUAUAUCAGAGUUAAUGUUUUGGGUCCGGUCAACAGGACCUCAGAAUGGGUCACCAGACCCAAAACAAGAACUCUGUUUUGGUAGCAUCUGUGAAGGAAAAAACAGAGUUAAUGUUUUGAAUCUGGUGAUCCGUUCUGAGGUCCUGUUGAUCAGACCCAAAACACUAACUCUGAUAUUUUCUUUACAGAUGCUAUCAGACCUGCUGAGCUUUUCCAGCCAAUUCUGUUUUUCUUCCUUAUUUACAGCAGCCACAGUUCAUUCAGUUUUUAUUUCCAAAUAGAAAGGAUGUUUUCUUCUCAUUUAGCCAUUUUAACAACUAAAGAUAAUUCAGCUCUAAUUUGACAUUCCACAUGCAUUGAUGUUUACUUUAAAAAUGCAGAAUUAAAGUGUGAUUUUAUUUGUUAAAACAAAUAAAGUGAAAUAAUUUCCACUGGGAGAUCCCUCUAAAAUGUAAACUGAUUUGAUAAUCUGAAUUGGAAGGAUCUAUGUUUCUAUAAUCCCAGAAAUACAUUUUUGUCAGAUCAUGAAAGAACAUGUGGAAGAAUCAGUUUAUACCCAAACAAUGAAAGUGGAGGAGCAUAGCCAAUACAGAUUGCUGAAUGGUCUUGUUUAUAUGCCAUUAAGUUGGAUUGCUAGAAUUUAAAAGCAUUAACAUUACAAUGUUUACUAAACUGUGAAGUCAUAGACUCCCAUGUUAGCAUGUUAUUAUGUUUGCUCUAGGUGCUCUGUUUUCAGUUACUUUUUAUGAACAAGUUUUGCAAAGCAGCUCUUUGUAAACUCGCUUUAUAUUUUGUACAUUAUAAUGUAUACAAUGUAUAUAGGCAAUGUCAGCGACAGCAAUCAUUUAAAAUGUCUGUAGUCUUUCAAAGAAACUAAUGGAGUCUGUGCUUUGUGCCAGAGUAAGUUAUCAACUACCUUUGCUCUUGGCCUAGUACCAACCUGAAGCAUGUUUCUUCGACAACAGAAUUAUCAUCUGUCUAACCUUCUGUCCAUUAAAGUGAUGCUACAUA